AGGGGCGGCACCUUCACCGAUUGUGUAGGAAAUCCCGGAAGCGGCCGACUAGAAGAAGACAUUGUGAUCAAGCUGCUUUCUGAAGACCCUUCUCACUACGAUGAUGCCCCUCUUGAAGGCAUCCGGAGAAUCCUCUCAAGAUUCACAGGACGCGAGAUUCCUAGGGGGGACACUAUCGAUACAUCAUUGAUCCAGAGCAUUCGCAUGGGCACUACGGUUGCCACAAACGCCCUGCUUGAGCAUAAAGGAGAAAAGACUGUGCUCGUGGUCAGCAAGGGCUUCCGUGACUGCCUUCAAAUUGGGAAUCAAUCGCGACCCCGAAUCUUCGAUCUGGCCAUCAAGCGUCCCGACGUACUGUAUGAGGAAGUAGUAGAGGUGGAUGAACGAGUUACGUUGGAGGAUUAUGCGGAGGAUCCGCAACGUCAUCUUACGAAGGUCAUGGAUGCGCAGACCCCUGAUGCUGAGAUUGUCCGAGGUCUUUCUUCCGAGGCGGUACGUAUUUUGAAACGGCCAUCCGAGAGUCUGGUGAGAUCGCAGCUACAGGAAGUCUUCCAAAGGGGGAUUCGAAGCAUCGCCGUAUGCCUCAUGCACAGCUAUACCUUUCCAGACCACGAGACGUUGAUUGGACGAGUUGCAACUGAAAUCGGCUUCCACCACAUCAGCCUAAGUCACCAGCUAACGCCAAUGAUUAAGCUUGUACCUCGAGCAACUUCGGCCUGUGCUGAUGCAUAUUUGACCCCCACGAUCAAGAAAUACAUCUCUGUCUUCCAAGCAGGGUUCAAGGGCGGUCUUGGAAGCGCGAGUGUCAAGCAACAGGAAGGUGCCCGGGGCGCCCGCUGUGAAUUCAUGCAAUCGGAUGGAGGCCUGGUUGACGUAGACUCAUUCUCGGGCCUGCGAGCAAUCCUGUCCGGCCCUGCUGGCGGGGUAGUUGGCUAUGCCCUGACUUCAUACGACCCGGUGUUCAAAAUUCCCGUUAUUGGAUUUGACAUGGGUGGAACAAGCACAGAUGUCAGCAGGUACGGCUCCGGCCGUUACGAACAUGUUUUCGAGACCACCACGGCCGGAGUCACGAUCCAGUCACCGCAGCUAGAUAUCAACACCGUAGCAGCUGGCGGUGGUUCCCAACUCUUCUACCGCAAUGGCCUUUUCGUUGUGGGUCCAGACUCCGCUGGUGCACACCCCGGACCUGCGUGCUAUCGAAAAAGUGGCCCUCUCACCGUGACAGACGCUAAUCUCUUUCUCGGUAGACUGAUUCCCGAUUUCUUUCCUCAUAUCUUCGGUCCGAAUGAGGAUCAGGGAUUGGAUGAACGGGUGAGCCGAAGGCUAUUCGAGCAAUUGACACAUGAGGUCAAUGAAGAUCUAGCUAAAGGUGGACAAAAUAAGCAGAUGACCCCAAAUGAGGUGGCUUUCGGCUUCAUCAAGGUCGCCAACGAGACAAUGACUCGACCAAUUCGGUCUUUAACCGAAGCAAAGGGCCAUGACACUUCAAAGCAUAGGCUGGCUACUUUUGGAGGUGCAGGUGGGCAGCAUGCCGUAGCCAUCGCAGAGAAUCUGGGUAUUCGACAAAUUCUGAUUCAUCGAUAUUCAUCGGUGCUUUCUGCAUAUGGAAUGGCUCUGGCCGACGUGGUUGAUGAAAAUCAGGAGCCAGAAUCAAAGACAUGGGCCGACGGUCAAGAAGUGCGACAGGAGCUUGCAAAGAAGAUGGAUCAACUGAAGCAAAAAUCGACGAGACGAUUGCAUGAGCAAGACUUCGACGAUGAAUCGAUCCUCUUCGAAGAGUACUUGAACAUGCGAUACCGCGGCACGGAAUCUGCUCUCAUGAUUCUGAAGCCCAGCAAGGAAGAAGCUGAUCGCUCCUUUGAAGGGGACGAAUGGGCCUUUGGCAAAGCGUUCAUUCGACAGCAUGAGCAGGAGUUCGGCUUUACUCUUCCAGACCGCGACAUCAUUGUGGAUGAUGUGCGCGUCAGGGGGAUCGGAAAGAGCUUCAAGCCAUUCGAGAAGACCAUUGACCAACAGCUGCAAGAGUCGAAACCCAGGGAUGUCAUAGGUCGCGAGUAUCGAAUUGCUCAGGUGUACUUUGAAGGAGGCCGGCAGAACACACCUAUCUACAAACUCGAUGAUCUGCAGGUUAACGAUCGAGUGAAGGGACCAGCCGUUAUUGCCGAUGCCACCCAAACCAUUGUGAUAACUCCGGGGGCCUCGGCACUUCUCACGAAGACUCAUGUCGCGAUCGAGGUCGGCGAUUCGGAUGCCAAAAUUCCUCGAAUCAGCAUGGACGUGGUAGACCCUAUUCUCUUGAGUGUUUUUGCCCAUCGAUUUAUGGCCAUUGCCGAACAGAUGGGGCGUGCACUCCAGAAAACCAGUGUAAGCACCAAUGUCAAGGAGCGUCUUGACUACUCGUGUGCACUUUUCGAUGCGCAAGGUGGACUUGUCGCCAAUGCCCCUCAUUUGCCAGUCCACUUGGGCAGUAUGUCGACGUGUGUCCGAAUGCAGGCCCAGAUCUGGCAAGGCAAAUUGCAGCCUGGCGAUGUAAUUGUCUCCAAUCACCCCGAAUUUGGAGGUACUCAUUUGCCCGACAUCACAGUCCUUGAGCCUGCCUUCAGCAAGGGAAACAUCAUAUUUUAUGUGGCCUCUCGGGCACAUCAUGCCGAUAUUGGCGGUAUUUUGCCCGGCUCCAUGCCACCUCAUUCAAAGGAGCUCUACCAGGAGGGGGCCGCGAUCAAGAGCGAGAAACUGGUAUCGGAAGGCAAAUUCAACGAGCAACGUAUCACGGAGCUGCUCUACACCGAGCCGGCCCAAUAUCCCGAUUGCAGUGGAAGUCGCUGUCUCGCUGAUAAUCUGAACGAUCUCAAAGCACAGAUUGCCGCCAAUAAGAAAGGUAUCAAGUUAAUUAGCACCUUGAUCGAGGAAUACGGUGAGCAGGUGGUUGUGUUCUACAUGCGGCAAAUUCAAAAUAAUGCCGAGCUCAGUGUGCGUAGUUUGCUGAAAGAGGUCAGCGCAAAGUUUGCGAGUAACUUGACCGCCGUGGACUAUAUGGAUAAUGGGACCCCCAUCCAACUGAAGAUUUCCAUUGACGCCGAGAAGGGUGAGGCAGUCUUCGACUUUGACGGGACGGGUCCGGAGGUCUACGGCAACAUCAAUGCUCCCGAGGCUGUCACGUACUCUGCGAUCAUAUAUUGUCUACGGUGUCUCAUCUCUGCAGAUAUCCCGCUGAACCAAGGUUGCCUGAAGCCCAUCAAGGUCAAAAUCCCCUCUGGAAGUCUUCUUUCUCCUUCCGAAUCCGCAGCGGUGGUUGGAGGCAAUGUUUUGACGAGCCAACGCCUUACCGAUGUGAUUUUGAAAUGCUUCCAGGUCUGCGCUGCCUCCCAGGGCGAUACGAACAAUUUGACAUUCGGGUUUGGUGGUAACAUGCAAGAAAGGCUUUGGAUACUACGAGACGAUCGCCGGCGGAAGCGGUGCAGGACCGGACUGGGAAGGCACCUCGGGGUGCACACCCACAUGACUAACACCCGUAUCACCGACGCCGAGGUGUUUGAGAGACGAUACCCGGUCUUGCUCCGGGAGUUCAGCAUUCGAACUAACUCCGGCGGUGCUGGACAGCACCGCGGUGGAGACGGGGUUGUCCGGGAUAUAGAAUUCCGCAUUCCAGUGCAGGUUUCAAUUCUUUCCGAACGUCGUAUUUAUCAUCCCUAUGGCUUGCAUGGAGGCGAGGACGCUCAAUGCGGCCAGAACCUUUGGGUCCGCCGCACGCAGGAUGCCCACGGGGGGGGGAAAAAUUCUGCCCAGAUGAGAUCGGGUGAGAGGAUCAUCAUUCGAACCCCUGGUGGCGGGGGAUGGGGGCGAGUUGGGGAUCACCCACAGUUUUCGCGCGAGCAGGAUGCUUGUCAUAGUUGGCGUGGUGGCUCUAUUGCCACCCACGCAGCGACUCAAGAAGCAAGCAUGUAG